GUUGUUCAUGGUCACGUGUUUAUGAUUCGGGGUUAACCAAUGAUACAUGCGUUUUUUAUUGCAGUGUAGCAAAUGCUUUCUGCACGGUUAGGCGUUUAGUUCGACCGUUAAAGGGAUUAUUGGACCAAUCGAAUAGUAUGGGAUCCUGACGCAUAAAGCUUAAACAAGUUUUUUUUACUUUUCAUCUUUAUUUUUACGAAAAAAGGCGAGUAAACGAUCGUAAUACAAUAUAUUAUUGUCAUGGAUGGAAAACAGAAAUUUGAGAAGAAAAAAAAUCCUCGCGAGGAAGCCAAUCCUCUUAGCGCAUUAACUUUCACGUGGAUUUUACGCACUUUCUGGAUAGGAUAUCAGAGAGAUCUUGAAGUAUCUGAUCUCUAUAAACCCCUUAAGGAGCAUACAAGUAGUAUACUUGGAGAGAAGCUAACUGCUUUAUGGGAGGCAGAAUGUCAGAGGAUAAAUGAAAAAAAAAAUAAGGCUGCUAAAAAUGGUGGAAAGAUUGAUGAAAGUAAUUUGAAAGAACCUAGUUUAUUGAAAGUUUUAAUCAAAUGUUUUGGUGCACGCAUAAUGUUUUAUGGAAUAAUAUUGGUCGUAAUGGAAAUAGUACUCAGAUUAUUUCAACCAUUCUUUCUUGGUCUAUUAAUCCGUUACUAUACACCACGAGAACAUACCUAUGUUUCAGUAAAUGAUGAUCCACUAUAUAAGAAGCAAAAUAAUUCUGAUAUGGUGCUACAACCAUUAUUCCUUGGCUAUUUACUGCGAUAUUAUAAUACUACAGAAGUAUCAAAAAAUGAAGCAUAUUUAUAUGCUCUUGGAAUAAUAUUGUGUUCUGCUAUUAAUAUAUUUGUUGUACACCCAUACAUGAUGGCUAUUUUACAUAUGGGUAUGAAAAUGAGAGUAGCUUGCUGUUCCUUAAUAUAUAGAAAAGCAUUAAGAUUAUCAAGAACUGCAUUAGGAAACACAACGAUUGGACAAGCUGUUAAUCUUUUAUCAAAUGAUGUAAAUAGAUUUGAUGUCGCUAUCAUAUUUUUACACUACUUAUGGAUUGCGCCACUUGAAACUAUAAUUAUUACCUACUUCAUGUUCGCUGAAGUACAAAUAGCUGCUAUUAUUGGUGUCGCAACAUUGUUAAUGUUUAUACCACUUCAAGGAUAUUUGGGUAAGAAGUCAUCGGAAUUAAGAUUGAGAACAGCUAUAAGAACAGAUGAAAGAGUUAGAUUAACAAACGAGAUUAUAACUGGAAUUCAAGCGAUCAAAAUGUAUACAUGGGAAAAACCAUUCAGUGAUUUAAUAGAGAAAGCUAGAAAGAAAGAAAUCAAUGUUAUCCGUUCAACGUCAUACAUCCGAGGUGUUACCAUGUCAUUCAUUAUUUUCACUACAAGAAUGUGUUUGUUUAUCACUAUAUUGGCCUACGUCUUAUUAGAUGGAAAGAUAACAGCUGAAAAAGUUUUUAUAUUGACAGCAUAUUAUAAUAUUUUACGACAAACUAUGACAGUUUUCUUCCCACAAGGUAUUACCCAAGUAGCAGAAGCUAUGGUAUCUAUAAGAAGAUUACAGAAAUUUAUGAUGUAUGAGGAAGUGACAUCGAAAAAAAAAGUAGAUAAGAAUAAGCAUAUUGUAAAACAAAAGAAUAAAAACAAAACUAAUUUAAACAAUGAAGUAAAUGAUGAUGUAAUAAAUAGGAGGAAUAGUUCUACCGAACAACCAAAAUUAGAUAACGAGGAUCUUAUAAAAUUAGAACAUGUUUCUGCUAAAUGGUUUUCAUCUGAAAACGAAUAUACAUUGCAGGAUAUUAAUAUACGUGCUCGUCCAGGUGAACUUAUAGCAAUAGUUGGACAAGUUGGUUCAGGAAAAAGCAGUUUGUUAAAUGUUAUCUUAAAGGAAUUGAAAGUAUGCUCCGGUAAUUUACAAGUUAAUGGAAGUAUCUCUUACGCUAGUCAAGAACCAUGGUUAUUUGCUGGUUCGGUUAGACAAAAUAUUUUAUUUGGUCAAGCGAUGGAUCAAGUUCGUUACAAUAAUGUUAUUAAAGUAUGUCAAUUAAAAAGGGAUUUUACAUUGUUACCUUAUGGCGAUAAGACAAUAGUAGGUGAACGAGGUAUAAGUUUGUCCGGCGGUCAACGUGCUAGGAUAAAUUUAGCAAGAGCGGUUUAUGCAGAAUCGGAUAUUUACUUGCUGGAUGAUCCAUUAAGCGCCGUAGAUGCUCACGUUGGUAAACAUAUGUUUGAGGAGUGCGUUGUUAAAUACUUAAAAGGAAAAACCAGAGUACUUGUUACUCAUCAAUUACAAUAUUUGCACAAUGUCGGUAGAAUUAUUGUAUUGAAGGAUGGCGUGAUUCAGGCGGAAGGGACGUACGACGAGUUGGGCUCAAAAGGAGUCGAUUUUGGACAUUUGUUGGAAACUCCAACGAACGACGAGGAACAAUCAUCAUCUACGCCCGCAAGUAGAAGCAAUUCUCGUAAUCCAAGUAUCACUUCGUUGAGUUCUUAUAAGACGAAUGACACCAGCAAACAACCAGAACCAGAAGAGGUAGCCGAAAUGCGAACUAAAGGUAGUGUUUCUGGAAAAGUUUACGCUGGCUAUUUCUUAGCCGGUGGUAAUUGGUGUAUAGUUGCAUUAGUAUUUGGAUUUUGUGUAAUGGCACAAUCGGCUGCAAGCGGAGGUGAUUUCUUUAUAUCUAAAUGGGUCAAUAUGGAAGAGACAUCGAUUGAAGUAACGAAAGACGGUGCUACACAUUUAGAUUGGAAAGGACCGAUCGAACGAGAAACUUGUAUUUAUAUAUACAGUGCUUUUACUGUAUUUACCAUAGCAAUAACUCUCGUACGUUCGUUAUCAUUUUUUAAUAUGUGUAUGCGAGCGUCAACUACGUUACACGACAAAAUGUUCCGUUGUAUCAGUAAUGCAAAAAUGUUAUUUUUCAAUACUAAUAACUCUGGUCGAGUUCUCAAUCGAUUUUCAAAGGAUAUGGGAGCCGUAGAUGAACUUUUACCAAUAGCAUUGAUCGAUUGCAUACAAAUUGGUUUAGCAUUACUCGGAAUUAUAACAGUCGUUGCCAUUGCUAAUCCAUGGUUAAUGAUACCGACUGUUUUAAUUGGAUUGAUAUUUUAUUAUCUACGAGUCUUCUAUAUUGCAACAAGUCGGAGCGUUAAACGUCUCGAAGGAAUCACCCGUUCACCGGUGUUUGGACACCUGAACGCAACGCUACAGGGUUUACCAACGAUACGAUCCUUCGAAGCCGGUGAAAUCCUUAUUAAGGAGUUCGACAACCAUCAGGAUUUGCAUUCCUCGGCUUGGUUUAUAUUCAUUGCCUCCUCUCGUGCCUUUGGAUUUUGGUUAGAUGUCUUCUGCCUAGUGUACAUAGCUUUGGUUACUCUGAGCUUUCUCAUUAUGUAUGAUGAUGCUGCUGGAUCGAUGAAAGGUGGUGACGUUGGUCUGGCGAUUACUCAAAGUAUUGGUUUGACCGGUAUGUUCCAAUGGGGUAUGCGACAGAGUACAGAAUUGGAAAAUCAAAUGACAUCGGUCGAACGUAUACUCGAGUACAGUAAAAUCGAGAGCGAACCACCGUUGGAAAGUACACCCGACAAGAAACCACCAGAAAAUUGGCCUCAACAGGGAAAGAUCGAGUUCAAAGGUGUAUCGAUGCGUUAUUCAUUGUUAGAAUCACCAGUAUUGAUGGAUUUAACAUUCUUUAUAAAGCCAAAGGAAAAGGUAGGCAUCGUUGGUAGAACAGGAGCAGGUAAAUCCUCAUUGAUUUCUGCAUUAUUCCGUUUCGCUGAAAUCGAUGGACCAAUAUUGAUCGAUGGUAUUGAUACAAGUACAAUUGGUCUACACGAUCUUCGUUCGAUAAUGAGUAUAAUACCGCAAGAGCCAUUUUUAUUUUCUGGCACGUUAAGAAGAAAUCUUGAUCCGUUUGAUAAUUAUCAAGACAAUUUAUUGUGGCAAGCAUUGGAGGAAGUUGAACUUAAAGAAAUGGGAUUGGAGGCACACAUUAACGAAGGUGGAUCUAAUUUGAGCGUUGGCCAACGACAAUUGGUAUGUUUGGCACGAGCGAUCGUACGAAAUAAUCCAAUUCUUAUAUUGGACGAAGCCACGGCCAAUGUCGAUCCACGUACGGAUGAACUUAUACAAAAGACUAUACGUCAAAAGUUUGAGAAUUGCACGGUACUUACUAUUGCACAUCGUCUUCAUACCGUCAUGGAUAGCGAUCGUAUAUUGGUAAUGGAUGCCGGUCAUGCGGUGGAAUUCGAUCAUCCACAUAUACUGUUACAAAACAAUAAAGGAUACUUAUACAGUAUGGUGCAAGAAACGGGUCAAGCCAUGGCGGACGCCUUGACCAUUGUAGCUCAUGAUAAUUAUACGUCUCGUUACAACUCCACGUCACUUUGAUGCGUGACACGUAAAAUAAUCAUCACCACGUUAGCCUUUUAUUAGCGCGGUUUUUUAUAUAAGUCGAUAGAGAUUAUUUAAACUAUAAAAUAUUUUCUAUAGACGCGGCGAAUUUCAAAUAUUUUAUUUUUUUUUUUUUUUUUUUUUGUUUUUGUUUUGUUUUGUUUUCUUUUUUUUUUUUAUCAUUAUUAUUAUUUAGGCACGACCGCAGCGUCAAAGUUAUUACCAUACAUACAUAUAUAUAUAUACAUAUAUAUAUAUAUAUAUAUAUAUAUAUAUAUAUAUAUAUAUAUAUAUGUAUAUAUGGUGUUAUUUCCGAAAUUACUUAAAAUAUUUAUAAACAUUUACGAAUCUUUAAGUUUUGCAUAAAAAUGCGUUAGGGUGCUUGUUAUAUGUGCAUAUUACAUGUAUGCUCUAUGUAUGUAUGAGUAUGUAUGUGCGUAUGCGAGUAUGCUUGUUGGUAUAUCCAUUCUAAUUAGAAUUAGAUGGAUUAACUUAAAAAAUUUAUGCCAAAAAUAAAAUAACCUCCGAUUAAUAUGCACACAAGUUCCAAUUUCUGAUGGGAAAAUGGUCGGACAUUUUCAAGAAUAAUACAGUCAUUAAUAUUAAUAUAAUAUCUAUAGAAAAUUAUGUAGAUAUAGUUUAAAUAUUGAUUAGCCAAUCAUUAUUAUAAUGCGAAUUAAUAUUUCGGUCGUGCCUAAUUCCUGUGUUUAAUCACAGACAAGAAGAAGCCUGGUUUAUUUCUUUUUUUCUUUUCUUACUUUCUUUUUCUUUUUCUUUUUCUUUUUUUUUUUUUUCUUUUCUUUUCUAUUCUUUUCAUUUCUCAGGAUUAUUAUUUUCAAAUGAUAAUAUAUCCUUUGCAAAUAAUACUUUUUUGUAAUCUUUUAAUGAAACUAUAGAGAACCGUUUUAUACUGUUUGGCGCUGGCGCGGAUUCAGUAUUAUUACUUAAUAUUUUAUAUCUUAUUAUAUUUUUUUUUGUUUAUCUCUCUCUCUAUCUAUCUAUCUAUCUAUCUCUAUCUACCGGAAGUACUUAAUGAUAAAUUCGCGCUUUACUUAAUAAUAAUCUUCUAUUUUUAUACGUGUUAUAUUAUAUAUAUAUAUAUAUAUAUAUAUAUAUUUGUAUAUAUGUAUAUAUAUGUAUAGAUAUCUAUCUUUUAAGAAAGAUAAGAAAGAAAAUGUACUAUAAUUGCGUACUUAUUUCCUGUAUAAUGUAUUGAAUAUUUUAUAUCAAUGCGUUACGUGCUAUAUAAACAAGGAACAUUUUAGAAAAUCAAAACGCCAAAGGACAGGUGCUUAAAUUAUACUUCUUUUCAACGAAAA